AAUGUUUUCUUCGCGGCAUGUUGUUAACAAGUUACCAAUAAUUGUUAUAAUAACUGUUUUGCAAUCGUCACUUGUAAAUUUCUGACUGGUUAUAUUUAGACUAUACUUUCUUUCCGUUUAACACAAUUUAAAUAAUCAUGGGAAAGCGAUAUUAUUGCGCUUAUUGUGACCGAUCUUUUAAGGAUGACCCAGAAGCCAGGAAAAGGCAUCUUUCAAGUUUGCAACAUGCGAAAAAUCGCGCAGACCAUUACAAUCUGUAUAAAGACCCGGAAGUUAUAUUGAUGGAAGAAAGCGCGAAAACUCCAUGCAAACGUUAUUUAACUGUUGGUGAUUGUGCAUUUGGUCUUGGAUGCAGAUUUUCCCAUUAUACACCACACAUGUUAUGGGAACUACAACAGCUGGUUGAUAUGAAAAAUGCAUCAAAGUUGUACGCAGUGCCUGAAAAUGGUUGGCCCAAUCCUGACGAUAUUCUUAAGGAAUAUUUUGAAAAUGCUGAAAGUUCAAGCAAUACAGAAGUACCUAAUUGUUCUUCGUGGUUCAGGCCACUAGAAGUGCACGAUUAUUCAAUGUUACCACCAUCGUUAUGGCCCAUUACGUCAGAAAGUUUAUCGGACAACUUGACUUUUAAGGAAUGGGGUUGAAAAUCUAAUUCACAUAAAAUUACUACCAAAACUGAAUUUGAACGGAGAUAUAAAAGCUACAACAUUAUUUAAAAAUAAAAUGACUUAGAGACUACAGAGUAA